UCGAGGCGUGCAGUACCCCGCGCUGUCCUCCAGAGUCCGCUGCGUCCAGCCCAGCGAGCGCACCGGGCGCACCCGCCUCGCCUCGCCAGCCCCGGCGCGCACUGACAGUUUGCAAGGACACCCCAAAGGAGGCGCGUCAGCUCGUGGACUUCCUCCAGGCGCCGCCGCUGAUUGGCUCGCGGAGGUUUUAAGAAACCCGGGGAAGAACGCCGUCACCUUGCAGAAACUUGCUGCUGCUGCCACCGGGCGCUCUCCUCCGCGCUCCGGCUUCUCGGCUCCCCGCCUUUGCCCACCCAGCUUCCUCCUGUCCCCGCGGCCGCGGCGAUGGGACAGCCAAGCGUGGCCCGGCUGCGGUGCUUGUGCGUGGUGUCCACCGCGCUGGUGGCCCUGCUCGCCUACUACGUGUACAUCCCCUUGCCCGCCAACAUCUCGGAUCCCUGGAAGCUGAUGCUGCUGGAUGCCACCUUCAGGAGCGCGCAGCAGCUGAGUCAUCUGAUCCAGUACGUGGGCCUUACACACCACCUCAUCGCCCUGAAUUUCAUCAUCGUUUCUUUCGGCAGGAAAAGCGCGUGGUCGUCUGCCAACGUCCAGAUCACUGAUACCGAUUUUGACGGCGUCGAAGUCAGGGUUUUUGAAGGUUUCCCAAAGGCCAAAGAACCACUGAAGAGCGGCGUGAUUUACAUCCAUGGAGGAGGAUGGGCCCUGGCAAGCGCAAGAAUUAGCUAUUAUGAUGAACUGUGUUCAAAAAUGGCGGAGGAACUGAACUCUGUCAUCGUCUCAAUUGAAUACAGGCUGGUACCAAAGGUUCAUUUUCCUGAGCAACUCUAUGAUCUAGAACGGGCAGCCAAGUAUUUCCUGCAGCCUCAGGUCCUGGAGAAGUAUUCUGUCGACCCGGCGAGAAUAGCCAUUUCUGGAGACAGCGCUGGUGGAAAUUUGGCUGCAGCUCUGAGUCAGCAGUUUAGCAAAGACGACACCUUCAGGAAUAAGAUCAAGCUCCAGGCUUUGAUCUACCCCGUUCUCCAAGCUCUCGACUUCAACACCCCAUCCUACCAGCAGAAUGUGAACUCCCCGAUCCUGCCCCGGCACGUCAUGGUCAGAUACUGGAUCGACUACUUAAAAGGGAACCAGGAUUUCGUCCCUGCCAUGGUGGUCAACAACCACACAUCCUUGGAUGUGGAAGGAGCCGCCCCUCUCAGGGCUCGCCUUGAUUGGCUUUCCCUUUUGCCCAAGUCCAUCACCAAGGAUUACAAACCCGUCCUGCAGACAGUGGGCAGUGGCCGGAUCGUCCAAGAGCUGCCCCAGCUCCUGGAUGCCCGUUCAGCCCCUCUGAUCGCCGACCAGGAGGUGCUUCAGAACCUACCAAAGACCUACGUCUUGACCUGCCAACAUGAUGUCCUAAGGGACGACGGCAUCAUGUAUGUCAAGCGCUUGGAGAGCGCCGGUGUUGACGUGACCCAUGACCACUUUGAGGACGCCUUCCACGGUUGUAUGAUUUUCACUUCCUGGCCCACCAAUUUCUCGGUGGGAGUUCGGACUAGGGACAGCUACAUCAAGUGGCUGAAGCAAAACCUAUGAAAAGAGAUGCGUCCCGGAGAGAGGGCGUGUGAGCCCCUCCUGACCACCUGCCAUCACUAGGGAUCUCUGAGCGCUUCCUGACUUCCCCCAGGUGACCACCAGGCCACGGUGCUCCGUACUUGGGAGAGGCCAAGCAAUGAAUUUUGAUGAGCUUGACUAAUCUCUAUCUGUAGAGAAGAUUUGAAUCUACUUCCCAAAUUGGACUAAGCAGCCUUCUGGUCCAGGAGGUGGCUGCCAAGGUCCCAAGCUACCAAAGGACUCUGGGAAAGCAAAAUCUUCCCCCAGAAGUGGCUUUUUAUACCAGGAGACCUUUUAUGGAGGAAAAUUUUACAGUCCCCUCUAAUUAAUUUUAUGUAAAUCUUGUUCCCUUUUUCAAAUAACUUAUUUAUAAAUCAGUUGAUUACUUAAAGGUCUAAAACACACCCUUCCAUCUCAUCCCUACUCAUUGAAUGCCUUUGUUCCUCUUUUUUGCACAGAUGGUCUUUGUGGUAGGGACGCAGGCUUCAUUCCUCCCAAGCAUCUUUUGUAAAGGAUGAUAAUCCACUAAUCCUUUGGGAUUAUACUUUUUCUUUAAAGUUCACUUUUAUCCACAGCUAUUAGAGAGAAAAAAAAAUUGCUAAUGCAUUAGUAUGAUUUACACUGGAUUUUGUACAUAGUUAAGAGUUUUUGUUUUCAUGUGGCAUUAGAGUACAUGCAAUCUCUGUGGGGUGGGGGAGGUGUGGAGAGGGACCUGGGGGUAAAUGUAUUUCAUUUGAGAAUGAACUUUCUAUGGAUAAUAAAAGAAAAAGGCCCAUCCACUGAAAGAUUAUUUUUAAUAUGUAAGUAUAAGUGACCUUCAGGAAGACAUCUACAUGUGAAAUGUGUGAGCAGGUAAGAGGGCACACUUACUACUAGGCUAAAGUUUUUGGCAAAGUCCCUGAGAGCACUUGUAAUUUAGUUUUGAAAUUUCUCGACUCAUCCGUUUAUGAUGCGACUAAGAUUUUUUUCACUGGAAACAGCCUGAUACGUAGGACACUUGGUCAAUUUUUUUUUUUUGUGUGUGUGUGUGUGUUUGCCAUUCUUCAAGGUGAUGAUACACUGUCUUUUGAAUCUGUCAUCUUUUCACACCCUCUUCUGGGCCACGGACAUGGGCCGUUGAUACACGGGAUGUGUCAGGAAAUUGACCAGAACAGAUCCAAGUCCCAUGAGAAAUUGUCACGGCGUUUUUGAUGAAUGCAUACAUGCAAAUUUAAAUAUAUACAGACCAAAGUUUCUGCAUCUACUCAUUGCACAUGCUUCAAGUGUUUGUCACUUUGUGAUCUGGGCUUAUCUCCACCUUGGUGCAUGAGAGAAUAGGACAGAAUCUUCAGGGCACAGAGAAAACAAUCUCUCUCCUUUGUCUCUUCCCCCUGUAGCAUUUUCCUCUGUCCCAGGGAAGGCCCCUGAGCACAAGGGAGAACAUUCUAGAAGUUUCCUUAGUCCGUGAUGGACCAUCUCAAAGAGGAGCUAUCUCCCAGGCUACUGUGGCAGGCAUCCACCUCUGUACCUGUGGGCCACACCCAUAGCCCCCUAGGCACCUACCUGGGGGAGCAAAAAGGCACUGCCUAUAUAUACAUCUGAGGAGUAGAAACGGUAUUUCCCUAGUGGUAAGGAAUAGGUAGCCUUCCCUUUCUUCAUUUGUGAUAGUCUGCUCCCUACCACAGGUCAGGGCGUCACAGAGCGGGUAUGGGACAGAAAAAGCUCAGGGUUAAAAAUAGAGUCAUUAUCCUCCUUUUUUUAAAAUUGUACUCGAUGAGCCAGAGGCCACACAAGCAUUUCAUGUUGGAAACAGAAGUAACGACAAUAAUAAAUAAAAGACAUAGACAGAUAUGUAUCUUUUCUAGAUAUACAUCUAUAAAAGGACCCGACUAAUUGAUCUUUGCCCAUCCCUUCAUGUUUCCUUCCCACCAGGGGAGGGCAUCGUCUUCCAGGGCAUUACUGGACAUAAAUACAGGCCGUUGUCAUUGUUCCACCAAAGAUUUGCUUUGUAGAAACUUGAGAGUUUAACUUUGGCCUUGUAUAAUAAGCCACCCCUUAUAAAAAACGGUUUGGUUUGGUUUUGUUUUUAAACUGAUUCAAAGACGAAAGGUAAAGUCAUGCUAUGGGUUGUACCCAUUUUCAAUGUUUUUUGCUGCUAAGAAAUAUCUUCAAGAUAACGUGUUUCUCAAGAGCAUCUGAAAAUCCCAUCAUUUAGAAAUGUGAAGAAGACUCCCCUGGGGAAUUGAGUGAUCAUAUUCUGACAGGCCUUCCCACAGAAAUUCUGUUAUUUCACAAAAAAAGAGAUGAUUAAAAAUGUAUGCAUUGCCAGUCUUCUGACUUCUACAGUACCAGGGACUUGAACUAUGCUGGAAAAGCUGGGUUUAUCCUAAUAUUCUCUUGCUAGAAUGAAAUUCGUAGACUUGUAGAAUUAGAACUGAAGCAACUAUCAAGGGCAUCUGGUCUAUUUCACAAAUGAGAAAACUGAAGCACUGAGAUUUGUUUUUUAAGUGACUUGCCUGAAGUCGCACAAUUUCUUGGGAUGAUGACAUUUAGUGAUUAUGGACACACUAAAAGCUGUAAGGACAACUUGAAAGUUUGGAGGAAUUUUUACGGGGGGAGGGUUCUCCAGUGGUCAUUUUAGACACUAUUAUUUUCUUUUUAAAGAGGUUUUAUUUAGAUUGUUAAGGUUUUGCACAUUUCUUCAAUGCCAGGGACUCUACUUGUUUUUUUUUUCCUGUUUUAUAAUAAGUGUUUUAUUUUUUAAAAGUGAUUUGUUCUUUCCUGAUAUCAGUGUUGUGUAUGUGAAGUGAAGAAAAAGCCUUCAGGAAGUCAAAUACUAAAAAAGAAAAAAGUUAAUGGUAAAUUCGCUUUCAUGUUUUAACUUUUAUUCAUGAAGAAUUAAAGAGCAGCUCAAUGUACUUUGCUUGAGGGCUCUGCAUGACCUUUGCCAUUUUUUGUUGGAUUUUUUAGUUCCCACUCUAGAAAAGGGAAUAAAGAAAAAAAUUACAAAGUAAAA